AUGGUUAACAGCUACGGAGGCAGUUUCAUAGGCUUUCAAGCCAUACGCGAGGGGGCAAGCGGGGGCAACGACAAACUUAAGAAGGUACUCGUUGCCCCUAAGGUUCCGGAGGGCCCUCCUGAGGUGUUGGUCAUCGAUCUUCGAAGCGCUACAAACAUCAACCUGCCGGAAACCAAACCGCCCGUUAGUACCGACUUCGUGAUAACGGCGUUUUUCGACGACGAAACCGUAGAAGAAGCGUUCAAACACAUGAGGCAGUCCUGUAAGCCGACCAAGGGUGUGUAUUGCUACGACUCCUACACAUGCCAAUUCGAUCAGCAGAUUGUGUUGCCUUGCGCCGGAAAGAAGCACGUUGUGCUAUAUGUAUCGUAUGUCACCAUAAUAACGGCGCCGGAUGGAUCACGUGACUUGGACUUAAAAGGGUACGGGUUAACCAAACCGAUCCCUCUCGACUCGUGCGGCACCGUGCCGAUUCACAAGGAGCAGUUGUUGGCGUCAAACGGCACUGACACAGUGAGCAUGGCGCUGACCUACUCCGUGAAAAUGGCGAAAUCGAGUGACAGCGACCAAAUUCCUCCAGACACUCUAGGCGGGUUAGUUUUAAGGCCCAAAAUAAAAUUUUUAUAG